AUGGAAAAUAGAAAUAAUGUCACUGUGUUUAUUCUCCUGGGACUCUCUCAAAACAAGAACAUUGAAAUCCUCUACUUUGUAUUGUUUUUACUUUGUUAUAUUGUUAUUUGGAUGGGAAAUUUGCUCAUAAUGAUUUCUAUCACAUGCAGUCCGCUAGUUGACCAACCCAUGUAUUUCUUCCUUAAUUGCCUCUCUCUCUCUGACCUUUGCUAUACAUCAACAGUGGUGCCCAAGCUACUGACUGAUUUACUGGCAGAAAGGAAGACCAUUUCCUAUAACAACUGCAUGACACAGCUUUUUAUCCUUCACUUCCUUGGAGGCAUUGAGAUCUUUAUCCUCACAGGGAUGGCCUAUGACCGCUAUGUGGCCAUCUGCAAGCCCCUGCACUACAUGAUCAUCAUGAGCAGGCAAAAGUGUAACAGGAUCAUCGUAGCUUGUUGCACUGGGGCAUUUGUCCACUCUGCCAGUCAGUUUCUUCUCACCAUCUUUUUACCGUUCUGUGGCCCCAAUGAGAUAGAUCACUAUUUCUGCGACGUGUAUCCUUUGCUGAAAUUGGCUUGCACUGACACCUAUGGAAUUGGUCUCUUGGUAAUUGUUAAUUCAGGUCUGAGCUUUGGUGACUUUAUGAUUUUGAUGGCGUCUUACUUUAUGAUAUUUUACACCAUCAGGGCUUCCCCUGCAGAGAGCCGUGCCAAAGCUCUUUCCACUUGCGGUUCUCACAUCACAGUGGUGGUCCUGUUCUUUGUGCCUGUCCUCUUCAUUUACAUUAGACCAGCCACAACUUUUCCAGAAGAUAAAGUGUUUGCUCUUUUCUACACCAUCAUUGCUCCCAUGUUCAACCCUCUAAUCUAUACACUCAGAAACAUGGAGAUGAAGAAUGCUUUGAGGAAAGUGUGGUGCCAGAAACCAUUUUUGAUUGGAAGGCAGGUCAUCUGA